AUGACUUCCAACUUGUUAACGGGCGAUUUGGUGUUGUGUAAAGUCGGGUCUUUCGCACCGUGGCCGGCAGUUGUAUUCCCACAAAGGUUCUUGAGAAAGGACGUUUACCGCAGAAGGAGAGCGGAUUGUGUGGCCGUGUGCUUCUUCAACGACGAAACGUACUUUUGGGACAAGCCAAGCAGGCUGAAGCCGCUCUCAAAAGAGCACAUCGACGAAUUUUUGCGAAAUGCGGAUUCCCGUUAUUCUGAAGAUCCCGUUCUCGUUAGGGCCUACGAAGAAGCCCGAGACUUCACUUCUCUGCACGAGUUCCUACUGCAGAGACUGCGGGAAGAAAAGCGGAUGCUCGACAUGGAAGAAAAUGGGGGGAAAGACCACAAAAUCGAAGCGGGACAGGAUCCCUUUGAAGGCAAAACACCGUCUGCCAAAACGUCAAGAGAGGGUAUAGACGGCAAAGGCGACAAAGCUGGAUCUGCCGGUAGGUCGGGUAAAUCGAAGGCGAGCCGGUCGUCCAGUUCGUCCCGGUCGGUUUCCAGCUCUUCACGACCUCAACCUGCAGUCAGCUCCCCUCCAUCGUCCACCGCACCUAGCCGAAAACUUGCUCGUUUGGACCACGGCAAGAGGAUCGAAAUUUCCAUGCUGUUGCGGCGAAAGCUGCAGACCAAUCUGGUUCAGCGCAACGCACCUCCCGGUGUUGACGAGAUAAAGGAAUCGCACAAGUUGUUGAGUAAAAUAUCUGAGAACAUGGCUUCCAAUCCACAGUUCUUCGACCUGGAGGCGCUACGAGUGAGCAAACUGCACAAGUUACUGAAGGUGAUUGUCAGUGACGACAACCUUAAAGAAUUCCAUGGCCAGUGUAGCGAUGUGUUGGAAGCCUGGAAGGAUGCUAUAGCGCAAUUGAGAAAAGAGAAGGUCAGGGCCCAAGAGUCUUGA